UUAGCUUUUAGUGUAUUUACGGUAAAGGAUCAGCGCUCAGCCUUUCCCGUUUACCGGCGUCAUUACGGUAACGGUUCUGCCUGUCAAACAUGGCGCUUUCCUGUUCAAGGCUACGCAGCCGGUUGUCUUUGAUCCGACUGAGUGGUCUGAACACAAACAGGAUAACAAAUGGCUUUUAUCUUCAAGAAUUAUCCUGCCAGUCCAGGUCUGUCUCUAAAAUGUUGCCUUUGUGCAGACAUUACACUUCUUCGAAAGUUAGACGAAGUAUUGGACGAUAUGUUUCCUCCAGACUCCAGUGGGCAAAUGCCAAAUAUGAAGGCUUCCUGAAAAGGCGAUUUCCUCGAUUUUUCCUGCUUUACCACACCUUUAUGGAGGGGUUCAAGAUGUUGUUCCAAGAUGCCAGAGAUGUGAGGAGGAUAAAAACCAAAAUGCUGGUUGAUAGAGUAAAGUUCCAGGAUUUAAACUACAGGGAGAUGGAAAAACUCAGACAGUUUCGCAAAGACUUAAUUAAGGCCAUCCCACUUGUGAUUAUAUGCAUUCCUCCCUUUGCAAACUACAUCGUUUUUGUCCUGAUGUACUUUUUCCCUCGUCAGCUCCUGAUUCCUCAUUUCUGGACCCAUCGGCAGCAGUUGGAGUUUCGCAGAUUGUACCAUUCCCACAGGGCUCAGCAACACCAACCAGUGCUCAAAGAGCUCGAGUAUACGAGCCACCAGGUCAAAAAUGGCCACCUGCAAAGUCUUCUGAAGAACCUUUGCGCUAAGGUGCAAAGUGGAGGAAACCCUAAAGUGUCUGAAAUCCUCGCAGUCAGAAGCCUGUUCUCUGGAGCCCCGCUGGCUAUAAAUACAUUGAAUAAUAAUCAUAUGAGAUACAUCAGUCCCCUCCUCUUCCUGACCCCUCGUCUCCCCGGUUUCCUGAUUGGUCGACGGCUGAACAGCCACGCCCUGGAGCUGUUCCAGCUGGAUCGAGCCCUCAGCCGACUGGGCCCUCACCAGCUAAGUGAAUCUGAACUAAAACAGGCUUGUUAUGUAAGGGGGAUCAAUGCUGACAGUCUUGGUACCAACCAGUCUCGUGAGUGGUUGUCCCAGUGGCUUCAGGUGUCCUCUGCAUUGAAAGAGUCAGAAGUGUCACUUCUUUUGCACUGCAUCGUACUCCUGUCUGCAAACUACCCCGGCGCUUCAAGCCACCACUGACAGGAAGCCUGCUUCUGUGACUAUGGUCACUGUUGUAUUGCAUUUCACAACCUCCUAAGAGUUGUCAACAUCUCCAUAAUGCAAACGAAAAAGGAGAAAUACAGAUAAUUUAUUUGCAACAUUAGGUUCAAAAGAAAAACUAACACAGGAACAAACAGAGCCUAUAAAGAUAUCAUGUCAAAUGGGCUUUAUCAGAGAGAACAGCUGUGUUUGUUCGCAGUUUUGAUCGUUAGCAGGAAGUUUAAUUACCUUUGAUGCACUUCACUACUGUGCCUUGCAAAAGUAUUUGCACCCAUUUAAUUUUUCCACAUUUAUUCGCUUUAGAGCCUCGAACCUCAGUGUACUUUAUUUGGAUUUUUAUGUUAUAGACCAACACUAAAUCGAGCCCAAAUGUGGAGGGAAAGAGAUACUUGUUUGUCUCUGACAAUUCUUUGCUAAAUUUCUGAAGCUCGGUCUGAACGAAUGGGAAUUAUCUGUGAAUAUGACUUUUUCCAGACUUGUAACAUAUUCUUAGGUCUGGACUUUGACUAGGGCAUUGUGACAUGAAAAUGCUUUGAUCUAAACCAUUCCAUUGUUGCUCUGUGGGGUCGUUGUCCUGCUAGAACAUGAACUUUGCUUCAGUCUGAAGUGUCUAACGGGUUUUCAUCCAAAAAUGUCCUGUAUUUAGCUCCAUCCGUCUCUGACCAGCUUUUCUGUCCCAGAUUACAAGCAUCUCCACAACAUGCUGCUGCCACCACAUUUCAUCCUGUGGAUGGCGUGUUCACAUAACAUGUUGCAUGAAGACCAAAAUGUUUAAUUUUGUUCACAUAUUACCUGGGCAGCUUUUUCACCUACAAUCUUUAAAGAGGAUUCUAUUUGCGACUCCUCUAUAAAGUGCUCAGCCAAUAAUUGUCCCGCCAAUAGUUUCUCUGGUUAUGGAUCUCUGCAGCUCAUCCAAAGUUCCCAGCCAUAUCUUGUUUGGUUUACAAUAAUACUCUUUUCAUUCUUGGAUGAUGGAUUGAAUGACACCCUGUAAAACAUUAUGUAAGAUAUUGUUUUAUAAGCCAACCCUACUUUAAGCUUCUCCCUGACCUGUCUACCCUGUUCCUCAUGUGUUUAUUAUGUGGUUUGUUCUCUAACAUUCUCUACAGAACAGCUGUAUUAUACAUAGAUCACUAAAUAUGAAGGCUGUUGGUUGCACUAGGUUUUAUUUAGGGGAUAAGAGUAAAAAGGGCAGAAAGUAUGUAUGCCGCACUUUUCAGAUUUUCAUUUGUAUCCUUUUACUUCCAUUUCACAAUUAUGCACUGCUUAGUGUUGGUCUAUCAUAUAUAAUCUAAGUAAAAAAUAAUAAACUUUGUGGUUGUAGUGGUCAAAAGGUUCAGGGGGUAUGAACACUUUUUCUUGGCACCGUAUAAAAACGACCAAUGUUGGGGUAAAACGAUCCUGCUAUCCUUCGUGUUUCUCAGGUCGUUACUGCUUUAAGAUAUACAUAGCUUCUGCUUUUGUCUGGGUGUGCACACUGUUGCACACCUUCAAAUACAAGUUUGGGAAACAAAGCUGAUUCUACUUGAUCAAAAAAAUAAAAGUUGUGGAACAUUUCAGAUGUAUUUCAGUAGUAAUAAAUGCAAGGACAGCUUUUAUGAGCAUUCAGAAUGUAUGGAUAUGUUGUCAUCAAACGUGCUGUAUUUUCUGAUGCUGUUACCUCACUUUGUGCUUUGUUUUCACUUUAUUUUCCAGUUUGGGUACUGCUGGUCAUGACAAAGCUGUUCAAGAGGAACAACUGUUUUCUUGUUUGAAAAAAAGCAGCAAUAAAUUACAUAAAAAUUACUUUUCUUGAGAAAAUACAGCGAUUGGGGGUCGGGGAGUCCAGCAGUAGAGACACUGAAGUAAGAAGUCUAACUUCAGAUAAAUAUUUGAAAAAGUAUUGGGCUGCAUCACACACAUACAUGCCUAUAGUUGUAAUUACACGUUACUGUUUACUUUUAUUACCCAUCAUUUUCUUCAUGUGGAGACUUUAGCUGACAGACAUAUCCUGAUUAAGGUUUCUAUUUUAGCACAAAGUGUCAUACAAGCUUUGCAGUGUGAGUGAAACUAAACAGAACAACACACCUGUUGCAACAGUACCUGGAGUAGUAAAAUCACACAGCAUCUGAAACACGAGUUUCUAAGGUUAUGUUCGAUUUGAGUCUCUUUUCUAAUAGUAAAUCAUUUGCUCAACAAGUUUUGAAUGUUGUGUUUUGGUGCCAAUAUUGCAUAUAAUGCUAGGGAACGCUUUUUGCAAUAAAUAUAUUCAUGCUG